AUGAGGCAACGCGUUUCUCUCGACAUCAUCGCCAAUGAGCGAGGCGCUCCCGGCGCUCCUGACGAUGCCGAACCAGAGACCGAAGCAGCCCGGCAGGCCGACGAAGAUUCACGGACGUCUUCCAGCAGCUCACCCGCCCCGCCCGAUAAUGAGGAGUCGGAUUUCUUCCUCGGCGCCAACGAUUCCCAGUCGUCGCUCGGUGUUCCCAAUCUGCAGGACAUGCAGGUUAAUGACGACGAAUGCCUUCCGCCCGUUCACCGCCUGCCGAACGAGAUUUUGAUCGCCAUCUUCUCCAAGCUGAGCAGCUCGUCGGACAUUCUACAUGUCAUGCUGACCUGUAAGCGGUGGGCUCGCAACGCCGUCGACAUCCUUUGGCACCGCCCGUCGUGCACGACGUGGGAUAAGCACGCCUCCAUCUGCCAGACGCUCGGCGUCGAGAACCCUUACUUUUACUACCGCGACUUCAUCAAGCGUCUGAACUUGGCCUCCCUCGCCGACAAGGUCAACGAUGGCAGCGUCAUGCCUCUAGCAUCAUGCACCCGAGUUGAGCGUUUGACACUCACCGGCUGCAAAAACCUGACAGACUCUGGACUUAUAGCUCUCGUCACCCACAACAACCAUCUAUACUCUCUCGACAUCUCGCACGACGAUCAGAUUACCGAAGCCUCCAUCAAUGCCAUCGCCGAUAACUGCCCCCGCCUUCAAGGCUUGAAUGUUUCGAGGUGCACAAAAAUCUCAAACGAGAGCCUGAUUCGGCUGGCGCAGAGUUGCAGAUACAUCAAGAGGCUUAAAUUGAACGAGUGCGAGCAGCUCACCGAUGAAGCUGUUCUAGCGUUUGCCGAGAACUGCCCCAACAUCCUUGAGAUUGAUCUUCAUCAGUGCCGGUUGAUCGGCAAUGAGCCGGUAACCUCGAUUUUUACACAGGGACAGGCGCUUCGUGAAUUGCACCUGGCCGGCUGUGAGCAGAUCGAUGACUCUGCCUUCCUCUCUCUUCCCCCAAACAGGACAUACGAGCAUCUGCGUAUCCUCGAUCUUAGCUCUUGUGUACGACUCACGGACCGGGCUGUGGAGAAGAUUAUAGACGUUGCCCCACGGCUUCGAAACCUGGUGUUUGCCAAGUGCCGCAAUCUGACGGACGCCACGAUCUACCAGAUUGCACGUCUGGAAAAAAAUUUACACUACCUUCACCUCGGCCACUGUGGGCACAUAACAGAUGACGCGGUGAAGUACCUGGUGACCAAAUGCACACGAAUCCGCUACAUCGACCUCGGCUGCUGCCAGAACCUGACCGACGACUCAGUCACGAAGCUCGCCAACCUUCCCAAGCUCAAGCGGAUUGGCCUUGUAAAAUGCCACCAAAUCACGGAUGCGAGCGUCAUUGCCCUAGCAAAUGCGAAUCGGCGGUCUCGUACGCGUAAAGACGCAUACGGCAAUGUGAUACCGGGCGAAUAUCACAGCAGCAGCCAUAGCAGCUUGGAGAGAGUCCACCUCAGCUACUGCACCAAUCUGACAUUGAAGGGCAUUAUACAACUGCUCAACUGCUGCCCUCGGUUGACUCAUCUAAGUCUGACCGGUGUCCAGGCCUUUCUAAGGGAAGACUUGGAGCAAUUUUCCCGAGAUGCGCCUCCAGAAUUCACCGAACACCAACGGUCGGUUUUCUGCGUCUUCUCUGGCCCAGGGGUUGUCAAUCUGCGCAAGUACCUGAAUAGUCGGCGGCCACUCGAGGACCAGAUGCGGGGGACUCUCCCGGCUGACAUUCCCAUCUUCCCUGAAACAAUGCCACUUCCGGGAGUGCCUCAUCUUCAGCCGCCCGAUGGCGGUUUUGAUGACACAGAGGCUGAUGCAGUGGACGACGAUGACGGGCUUGACGGCUCCGAGAUGGUGAUUGACACCCAACCAUUACUAAAUCAUCACGACAAUGGUGUUGCCGUCGUCGCAGCAGGUGAUAUGAACGAAGUCCCGCCUCCUCCUCCACUGAUACCGAUACACUCGCACGCACACCACCCGGUCAGCAAUAAUCCCUUUGGCUAUGUUGGCGGCCACCCUCCUCAUGUACCACAGCAAGUUCUAUUCGAAGACGAUUCUGUGGAACCCAACACGCCGAUCCUCCCCAGCAAUGGUGUCACGACAAGCCAAGAGGUGAUCAACAGCGACGAAGAUUUUGAUUCGGGUAUAGCUGCCGGGACCGCGGGCUCGACCGUUCCCAAUACCUUUUCUCAUCCCUUGGUGAUCCAUCAAGCCACGGUUGCUAGCCCAGGCUCGCCGACGGCUGCUGCGAGCACAGCCACCCUCCACGAGAUCGACAUAUCAAGUCAGCCGAUUCAGCCUGAGUACCCUGCCGAUCCUAUUCUGGCCGAUCAAACGCCUAAUGAGAGCAACUCUGGGAAUUCCUGA